GAAGAAGAAGCAGAAGCAGAAGCAGAAGAAGAGUGGAGCAUGAUCCAGCAGCAGCGAGUCGGUGAAGACGAUGGCAUCUGGUGAGCAGGAUUGUGUGACACGAGAUGAGCCAGAAACAAAAAAGCUGAAACUCGAGGAAGCUCAGACGAGCAGCAGUCCUCACACUGGAGUCAGUGUUGAUGUGAAAGCUCAGAUGGGAGCAGCUGUAAAUGCUCCUGUACUCGCUGGAAACACCUUCACAGCUCCAGUGACCAUCAGCUACAGCACUGCAGGACACGAAAUCUCAGAGACGGCAGAGAAACACACCGAAAAACAAGCAGAUUUGAUUCUGAAAGAAUUCUUGGAAACUCACAAAUCCAACAUGAAGAAGAAAGCAGAAGGUAUUUUUGAGGGCACAGAAGACAAUGAAGCAGAUCUCCAGGCUGUUUACACAGAGCUCUUCAUCACAGAGGGAGAUAUGAAGGAGGUUCAUCAGGAACAUGAGAUUCUGAAGAUUGAUGAUGCUUUCAAGAAGAACAAAAAAACACAGGAAAAACCAAUCAAAUGCAAUGAGAUAUUUACAUUACUAGGGAAAAACAAUGAGAAAAAGAUUGUGCUGACCAAGGGAGUCGCUGGCAUUGGAAAAACUGUCUCUGUGCACAAGUUCAUCCUGGACUGGGCAGAAGGAGAAGCCAAUCAGGACAUACACUGUGUGUUCCUGCUUCCAUUCAGAGAGAUUAACUGCAUUAAAGACAGACAGUUCAAUCUCCAUGAGUUUCUGCUGAAAUUUUAUCCUCAAUUGAAGAACAUGGAAAAAUCAAAGUUAUAUGAGGAAUGCAGACUAGUGUUUAUAUUUGAUGGACUUGAUGAGAGUCGCCUGCCUUUGGAAUUUGAAAGCGAAAUAGUGAACGAUGUUGAGGAAAGAUCAUCUGUAGAUGUGCGAGGAUUCACUGACCAACAGAAGGAGCAGUACUUCAGAAAGAGAAUCACAGAUGAGACUCUCGCCGACAGAAUCAUCAAACACAUUAAGACGUCUCGUAGUCUCUACAUCAUGUGCCACAUCCCUGUGUUCUGCUGGAUCACAGCAACUGUACUUCAGGAUCUUCUCAUCAACAACACAGAUUUGAUUCUGAAAGAAUUCUUGGAAACUCACAAAUCCAACAUGAAGAAGAAAGCAGAAGGUAUUUUUGAGGGCACAGAAGACAAUGAAGCAGAUCUCCAGGCUGUUUACACAGAGCUCUUCAUCACAGAGGGAGAUAUGAAGGAGGUUCAUCAGGAACAUGAGAUUCUGAAGAUUGAUGAUGCUUUCAAGAAGAAAAAAACACAGGAAAAACCAAUCAAAUGCAAUGAGAUAUUUACAUUACUAGGGAAAAACAAUGAGAAAAAGAUUGUGCUGACCAAGGGAGUCGCUGGCAUUGGAAAAACUGUCUCUGUGCACAAGUUCAUCCUGGACUGGGCAGAAGGAGAAGCCAAUCAGGACAUACACUGUGUGUUCCUGCUUCCAUUCAGAGAGAUUAACUGCAUUAAAGACAGACAGUUCAGUCUCCAUGAGUUUCUGCGGAAAUUUUAUCCUCAAUUGAAGAACCUGGAAAAAUCAAAGUUAUAUGAGGAAUGCAGACUAGUGUUUAUAUUUGAUGGACUUGAUGAGAGUCGCCUGCCUUUGGAAUUUGAAAGCGAAAUAGUGAACGAUGUUGAGGAAAGAUCAUCUGUAGAUGUGCUGUUCACAAAUCUGAUCAAAGGGAGUCUGCUUCCAUCAGCUCUGGUCUGGGUGACAUCACGACCAGCAGCAGCCAAUCAGAUCCCUCCUCGGUAUGUGGGUUUGUUCACUGAGGUGCGAGGAUUCACUGACCAGCAGAAGGAGCAGUACUUCAGAAGGAGAAUCACAGAUGAGACUCUCGCCGACAGAAUCAUCAAACACAUUAAGACGUCUCGUAGUCUCUACAUCAUGUGCCACAUCCCUGUGUUCUGCUGGAUCACAGCAACUGUACUUCAGGAUCUUCUCAUCAACAACAGUGAAGAGACCAUCAGCACAACACUCACUGAAAUGUACAUCCACUUCCUGCUGAUACAGAUGAACAUUAAGAACCAGAAAUAUGACAAAAAGACAGAAAGAGAAUCUACAAAGAACUUAGAUUCAAACAGAGAAAUGAUUUCAAAGUUAGCCAAGCUAGCGUUUGAACAGCUGAAGCAGGAAAACAUUGUGUUCUAUGAGGAAGAUCUGAAAGCGUGUGGUAUUGACGUGAGUAAAGACACUGAGUUCACAGGAAUGAUCGCUGAGAUCUUUAAGAAGGAAAAUGUAUUUCAUUACAAGAAGGUUUUCAGCUUUGUGCAUCUGAGUGUUCAAGAGUUCCUCGCUGCAGUGCAUGUGUUCAUCUGUUACCUGGAGAGGAACAUGCAGGAGCUUCAGUUUUUCUUUGAUAAGCCCAAAGAAAAUAUCACAUUGCAGGAGCUACUGCAGAAGGCUGUUGGUAAAGCCAUGGAGAGUCGGAGAGGACAUCUGGACCUGUUCCUGCGGUUUCUGAUGGGCGUUACACUGGAGUCCAGUCAAAAUCUUCUCCAAGGUCUGAUCACACGCACUGAAGACACCACAGAGAGCAUCAGACAAACAACUGAACACAUUAAACAAGAACAAGAACAAGAUGAGGAUAUCGCAGAUGAAGCUUCAGUCAACCUAUUCUACUGCUUACUUGAGCUCAAGGAUCGUUCAUUAUAUGAGGAACUCCAGAGAUACCUCAGUUUAGAUGAACAUCCAGAAAGAGACCUCUCAUCUUCAAUGUGCACUCUGCUGAUCACAGUACUACUGACGUCAGAGAAGGUGCUGGAUGAGUUCAACCCAAAGAGGUUCACUUCAGAACAAGAAAACUACGAGAGACUCAUUCCAGCUGUGAGAUGCUGCAGAAAAGCCUUAUUUGACAGCUGUGGUCUUGAUGAAACAUGCUGUGAAACUGUAUCUUCAGCUCUCCAAUCAUCAAACUCUCCUCUGACAGAGCUGGACCUGGGUAACAAUCACCUGCAGGAUUCAGGAGUGAAGCUGCUUUCUGAUGGACUGAAGAGUUCACACUGUCAGCUGAACACACUGAGGCUAUAUGGCUGUGAUCUCGCUUCUCAGUCUUGUGAGAGUUUGUCAUCAGCUCUACAAUCCUCAAACUCCCGUCUGAGAGAGCUGGACCUGAGUAACAAUGACCUGCAGGAUUCUGGAGUGAAGCUGCUUUCUGAUGUACUGAAGAGUCUGGACUGUCAGCUGGAGAUCCUGAGGUUUUCCAUAUGUAAUCUCACUGCUCAGUCUUGUGAGAGUUUGUCAUCAGUUUUACAAUCCUCAAACUCCCGUCUGAGAGAGCUGGACCUGAGUAACAAUGACCUGCAGGAUUCAGGAGUGAAGCUGCUUUCUGAUGGACUGAAGAGUCCGGACUGUCAGCUGGAGAUCCUGAGGUUUUCCAUAUGUAAUCUCACUUCUCAGUCUUGUGAGAGCUUGUCAUCAGCUCUACAAUCCUCAAACUCCCGUCUGAGAGAGCUGGACCUGAGUAACAAUGACCUGCAGGAUUCUGGAGUGAAGCUGCUUUCUGAUGGACUGAAGAGUCCACACUGCCAGCUGGAGAUACUGAGGUUGUCUGGCUGUAUGGUGACAAAGGAAGGCAGUGGUUAUCUGUCUUCAGCUCUGAGUUCAAAACCCUCACACCUGAGAGAGCUGGAUCUGAGCUACAAUCACCCAGAAGAUUCUGGAGUCAAGCUGCUCUCUGAAAAUCUCAAGAAUCUGGACAAACUCAAUGUGGAUCAUGGAGGAGAAUCCAGAAUUACAGCAGGACUACACAAAUAUUCCCAUCAGUUCACUCUGGAUCCGAACACAGUGAAUAAACGCCUCCGUCUGUCUGAGAACAACAGAGAGAUUACUGUCACUUACCCAGAUCUGCAGCUGUAUCCUGGUCAUCCAGACAGAUUUGAUGCGUGUCAGGUGUUGUGUAGAGAGAGUGUGUGUGGACGCUGUUACUGGGAGCUGCAGUGGAGUGGAGAUGAUGGUGUGUGUAUAUCAGUGUCAUAUAAGAGCAUCAGGAGGAAGGGACGGAGUCAUGAGUGUGAGUUUGGAUCUAAUGAUCAGUCCUGGAGUCUGGAGUGUUCUUACAGAUACACAUUCAGACACAAUGACAUAGAGACUCGUCUCCCUGUAGAGCCCAUCAGCAGCAGAACAGGAGUGUGUGAUGAUGAUUAUGAUUAUGAUGAUGAUGAUGAUAUCUAUAGAGUAGGAGUGUAUGUGGAUCACGGCGCAGGAACUCUGUCCUUCUACAGCGUCUCUGACACAAUGAGCCUCAUCCACACAGUCCAGACCACAUUCACUCAGCCGCUCUAUCCUGGGUUUAGUGUUAGUCCUCGAUCAUCAGUGACACUGUGUUGAUGAAUCAGAGAGAUUCUACCCAUAAUGCUUUGAGCUGCGUGAUGAGUCACUAACAGAUGUUACAGAGUCUCUUCAUCACAUUAAUAUGAACAUCAAUCAGAAUAAAUGUGUGUCAGAAAUCCUCACAGAGAGUCAGAUCAGUCAUUUAUUCAGAAAAUAUUCAUGUUAUCAUUCGUCUCAUUUUUCUGGAUUGUUUUUGUGCACAAAUAAUAAAA